AUGCAGGGUUUCACCAUCCGCAACUGCGAGGCCGAGAACGGCGGCGGCAUGCACAUCUCCUCCACCUACACCGUGCUGCGCAACAUCAAGUUCAUCGGCAACCACGCCACGAAGAACGGCGGGUCGCUGUGGAUCAAGAGCAACGCCGUCGAGGCCUACAACAGCACCAUCAGCGCCAGCACGAGCGACAACUACGGCGGUGGCGUCUACAUAGAGUCGGCCAACCUGAAGCUCUUCGGCUCGCACGUUGAGUACAACAGCGCCGACGAGGCCGGCAACCAGCUCUACUGCCAGUCGGCCGCGGUCCAGAUCGAUCGCGAGUCGACCAUCGACCGCGCAGUGUCGGCCGAGUGCGAUCGAUGCUCCAUCACCUACAUGAACGGCGGCGGCACGCUGUCGUGCUCUCCCGCGGGCUCGCGCGUGGGCGGCUCUUCGGCCCUGCUGGCCGCCAUCCACGGCCUUGUGGCCUCGCUGUGGUGA